AUGGCGCACCGAGGAGAGAGCUUCCACAAGGAUGUAUCCUGCAUUGCCGAUUUGAAGGCCUUGGGAAGCAGUAGGCUUCCUGCCACGUCAGACUACUACAACGAAGGCGCUAUGGACCUGAUCACAUUACGCGACAACGAGGCGGCAUUUGACCGGUAUAAGAUCCUUCCCCGGGUCCUGAUCAACGUCGCCAAAGUGGACACGAGCACCGAGAUACUGGGGACGAAGGUGUCUCUCCCCUUCGGAUUCAGCCCAGCGGCCUCGCAAAAACUCGCGCAUCCAGACGGCGAACUCGCCACAUCACGCGCCGCAGCCAACUUUGGCAUCUGCAUGGGGCUGUCCUCAUACUCGAACUAUUCCCUCGAGGAUGUAGCGGCCCAGGGGAUGGGUAACCCGUAUGUCAUGCAGAUGUGCGUGCUGCGUGAUCGAUCUAUAACGCUGCAGUUGUUGCAGCGGGCGGAAAACGCCCCUAACCGACCGUCCUUGCCAGAUCCAAGUCUUGACUGGGCCAGUACAAUCCCGUGGCUCCGCGAACACACAUCAAUGCAGAUAUGGCUCAAGGGGGUGUGCUCUCCCGCAGAUGUCGAACUCGCCAUUCACUACGGCGUUGACGGCAUCGUCAUCUCCAACCACGGCGGGCGCCAGCUCGAUGGCGUCCCUGCAACACUCGACUCGCUGCGGCUGUGCGCCGAAGUCGCCAAGGGGCGUAUACCGCUGGCUAUCGAUGGAGGCAUCCGGCGGGGUUCCGAUAUCUUCAAGGCCCUGGCGCUGGGUGCGAGAUACUGCUUCAUGGGGAGGAUUCCCAUCUGGGGACUUGCUUACAACGGGCAGGAAGGAGUCGAACUUGCUAUAAAGAUUCUGAGGCAGGAGUUGAGGGUGACGAUGGCACUGGCUGGGUGCCAGACCAUAUCUGAAAUCCGGGAAAGCCAUCUGUCGGUUUUGCAGCCAGAUGGGCGACUUUCCAAGUUGUAG